ACGGUUGCCCGCGGAUUGGCUGCGCUCUACGGCGGGCUGGGCAACUGGAAUGAAGAGAGCAGUUGGGCCAAGAUGGCGGCUGCUGAGGGACCAGUGAGCGACGGUGAGCUGUGGCAGACCUGGCUUCCCAGCCACGUUGUGUUCUCGCGCCUCCGGGAGGGUCUGAAAAACCAGAGCCCAGCCGAGGCUGAGAAACCAGCUUCUUCAUCACUACCUUCCUCGCCGCCGCUGCCGUUGCUGACAAGAAAUUUAGUGUUCGGCCUCGGCGGAGAGCUCUUCCUGUGGGACGGAGAAGGCAGCUCCUUCUUAGUCAUUCGCCUUCGGGGUGUCAGCGGGGACAGUGAGGAGCCCCCCCUCUCCCAGUACCAGAGAUUGCUUUGCAUAAAUCCACCCUUGUUUGAAAUCUAUCAAGUCUUGUUAAGUCCAACACAACAUCAUGUAGCACUUAUAGGAAUAAAAGGACUUAUGGUAUUAGAAUUACCUAAAAGAUGGGGGAAAAAUUCUGAAUUUGAAGGUGGAAAAUCAACAGUGAAUUGUAGUACCACUCCAAUUGCUGAGAGAUUUUUCACGAGUUCUACCUCUCUGACUCUAAAGCAUGCUGCCUGGUAUCCGAGUGAAAUGCUAGAUCCCCAUAUAGUGCUGUUAACAUCAGACAAUGUAAUAAGAAUUUACUCUCUUCGUGAGCCCCAGAUACCCACUAAAGUGAUUGUACUUUCAGAAACAGAAGAGGAAAAUCUAAUACUCAACAAAGGAAGGGCAUAUACCGCAUCUCUAGGAGAGACAGCAGUUGCAUUUGACUUUGGGCCAUUGGCAGCAGUCCCAAAGAAUAUUUUUGGACAAAAAGGCAAAGAUGAAGUAGUGGCAUACCCACUCUAUAUCUUGUAUGAGAAUGGGGAGACUUUCCUGACAUAUGUUAGUCUGCUACACAGUCCUGGGAAUAUUGGAAAGCUGUUGGGCCCAUUGCCCAUGCAUCCUGCUGCUGAAGAUAACUAUGGUUAUGAUGCUUGUGCUAUACUCUGCUUAUCCUGUGUCCCCAACAUCUUAGUGAUUGCUACCGAGUCAGGAAUGCUGUAUCACUGUGUUGUGCUAGAAGGGGAAGCAGAAGAUGAUGAGCAAACAUCAGAAAAGUCCUGGGACUCGAGGGCCGACCUCAUCCCUUCUCUGUAUGUGUUUGAAUGUGUCGAGUUAGAGCUUGCCUUAAAACUGGCUUCUGGGGAGGAAGAUCCCUUUGAUUCCGACUUCUCUUGUCCAAUAAAACUUCACAGAGAUCCUAAGUGCUCUUCAAGAUAUCACUGUACUCAUGAAGCUGGUGUACAUAGUGUUGGGCUGACUUGGAUUCAUAAACUUCACAAAUUUCUUGGAUCAGAUGAAGAAGAUAAGGAUAGUUUACAGGAACUUGGUACAGAACAGAAAUGCUUUGUUGAACACAUCCUUUGUACAAAGCCAUUGCCAUGCAGGCAGCCAGCUCCAAUUCGAGGAUUCUGGAUUGUCCCUGACAUUCUGGGGCCCACAAUGAUCUGCAUUACCAGUACCUACGAAUGCCUUAUAAGGCCUUUAUUAAGUACAGUCCAUCCAGCAUCUCCUCCCCUGCUCUGUACCCAAGAAGAUGUUGAAGUGACAGAGUCUCCCCUCCGCAUUCUGGCUGAAACCCCAGAUUCCUUUGAAAAGCAUAUUAGAAGCAUUUUGCAACGGAGUGUUGCCAAUCCAGCUUUUCUAAAAUCAUCUGAAAAGGAUACAGCCCCUCCUCCUGAAGAAUGUCUUCAGCUCAUCAGCAGAGCCACCCAGGUCUUUAGAGAACAGUACAUUCUUAAACAGGACCUGGCAAAGGAGGAGAUUCAGCGAAGAGUCAAAUUAUUAUGUGACCAAAAAAAGAAACAACUAGAAGAUCUCAGUUAUUGUCGAGAGGAGCGGAAAAGUCUGCGGGAAAUGGCUGAGCGCUUAGCUGAUAAAUAUGAGGAAGCCAAGGAAAAACAAGAAGAUAUCACCAACAGGUCAGUGAUGACAUUUAGUUCCUUACUCAGGUACUGAUGAUGUUAUUAAGUACUUAGGUAA